CCACAUCCUCUCCUCUCUCUACGGCGAACCUCAUCCUCCCACAGCCCGUUAAUCUCCGCCGCCUCCUUUAAUAUCCCGGCGAGGGACCGUGUCAUCGACUUCGGCAAACACCGUGGCCGAAUGCUUGGCUCCCUACCCUCCUCUUACCUAUCUUGGAUCUCCAACAACCUCCGCGCCGGAGACUUCCUGGACUGGGCUCGCCUAGCGGACGAGGUCCUUGCCGACCCAGUCUACCGCGACCGCCUUGAAUGGGAGUCUGCCGAGCGCCUACUCGCUGGUGCUGCCGGAUGCCGCCGGCCUUCCGAUUCCCCCCUCGCUGACCUCCUUUCCGUGAGCGAAACCUUUGGUUGGGAUAACGGUGACAAGGAGGGAUGGGCAAGGGUUGAUUUAGACUUGCUCGGUACUUCAAUGGGCGGUAGGAUUCCGCGGCGCUCGUCGGAGAUGGAAAAAGGCCAUGCUUUGGGAACGAAAGUUGGGGUAUUUAGAGAAGGGGAGAAGGUGAGGCGGGGGACAGAGGAGAGGAGGGAGAAGAGAAGGGAGAGGAGGAUGAUACAGAUGGAGAAAUUGAAGAAAGAAGCGGGCCAUUUGGCAGAAGGAGCAGAGGAAAGAGAGAGUAGAGGUGAUGGGGUGUUUGUGGAGAAGAAGAGGGAUUUGGGCGAUAAAGAUGCGGGAUGGUUUGUGAAUAUUUCCCCCGGCAGGGGAACUCUGCUUGAGAAGAUCAAGAAAGGACGAGCCUGAUUUGUUAAUUUGUUCUUCACUUCGUCUUGGUACGAAGUGUUUGCUAUUUACGUGAGUUAUUUUAUACAGUGAUUGAAUGUCCUUCGAUUAACAUCAUUUUCAACCGAAUUGUAUAAGAUGGUAUUCUGGUCGUCAUUCUCUCUAUUCUAAUGUUAAUAUGUUACGGGAUGUGUCAAAGAAACACGUGAAAGAGGAGAAAAAAAUGGAGUUCGAUUGAAAAUUAAUUACCGUAUUUUAGAAUUUUAAUGCAUUUUGAAGUGAAAAAUGGAUUUUUCAGAGAUGCCCCAAGCUCAGUCUAUUUCUUGCAAAAUGAGUAGUCUGUCAGAAAUGUAUGAAAUAGUGUACACGAAGAUUUAUAAGAUUUCAAUCCUAUUGAAGGGGUGACAAAUAAAUUUUUAGAAUGAGUUCCUUUA